AUGGAGGUUGAUAAGACAGUCUUACUUCCACCGCAGUAUAUUGAAGCUGUCAAUAAGGAAGAUGGACUCAGCUUCAUCGCGUUCACGACAACUCAUUUUCUGAGCCACUUCGAAACCUUUAAAGGCUUAGAUGGUACUACUUCUAUGCCCGGCCACUUCGAGGAGGCAAUCAUGAAGGGCCUCACUCGCAGUCUCCCACGAUUUACCAUUCCAAUCUCCAGAGAGAUGACUGGCGCCCUGAACGAUACUUGGGGCAAUAAUAAGGAGUGGCACGAAGUAUGGCUUCGUGGGGAUGUCCUCAAAUGGGUCGCUCGAUUGUCUGCGCGCAUCUUUGUAGGCGAUCCACUCGCUAGUGACGAGACAUGGCUUCGGAUCUCUCGAGAGUAUACCAGCAAUCUGUUCGGUGCUGUCGAUAAAGUCAAGUCAUAUCCUCGCCCUCUCUGGUGGAUUGUUGAAAGGUUCCAUCCGCUCGCUCGGCAAACUCGUGAGGAUCGGAGACAGGCAAAGCAGCUCAUGGAGCCUUACAUUGCAGCAAGGAAUGAGGAAAUUGCCCGUGCAGCGAAGGAGGGAAGGAAGCCUGAUGUCCCGGACGACAGCAUCGAGUGGUUUCGCACCUCCGCCAAAGGACGACCGUAUAAAGACGUUGAUAUUCAGCUGUCACUGACCAACGCAGCGAUUCACACGACAUCCGACCUACUCGGCCAAUCUAUCCUCAACCUCUGCAAGUACCCUGAUGUGAUUCCACAUCUUCGCGAGGAGGUUAUCCAAGUGCUGCAGAAGUACGGUUGGCAGAAAGUAGCUCUAACCGAAGUUCGCCUCCUCGAUUCCUUCUUGAAGGAAACCCAGCGCUUCAAGCCGGUUGGAAUGGUAUUCAUGGCGCGCAAAGCAACCAGAAACGUUUCUCUCCCCGGCGGACUCAACCUCCCCAAAGGCACAGACACUGCGGUAUCCUCGCACCAAAUGUGGUCGCCUGACAUCUGGGGCGAUGACCACGAUCAAUUCAAUGCCUGGAGAUUCGUAGAGCGGCGCAAGCAGACACCAUUUCAAAACAGCAGUCUCCUCGUCAGUACUUGUCCCGAAUUCACGGCUUUCGGGCACGGCAAGCAUGCUUGUCCCGGAAGAUUCUUCGCGGCGAAUGAAGUCAAGAUUGCGAUGAUGCAUUUGAUCGUCAAGUAUGACUUCAAGUUCGAGGAUCCGAAAGAUGCGGACUGGCUGGAGUUUGGGGUGACCAUGCUUGCGAAUCCUGCUGCCAAGAUUUGGGUGAGGGCGAGGGAGCCUGAAAUUGAUCUUGAUGCUGUUGGGGUUAUGGGGGCGGAGGUGGAGGUGGAGGCAUAA